AUGCAAGAAACUUCUCUCGAUUUACAAAGCAAACCAUAUGAGGGUGGAUGCGGUGACCAAACCAAAUUUUCUGAAUCGGAGGUAGUACACAAGGAAACAUCCAAAGUAUUGUGCCAUGACUCGGAACAUAACAAGGGUCAACGUCACGGUAAUUUUUUAUGGCUUUGCUCUGAUUUCCCUCAAGAAGUGUUUCUUGUGAUUUUAUCAUUUCAGAGUCCCAAAUUUGUGUUGAAUCAAAUUUCAUGUACUUGUAAGGCGUGGUAUCAUUUGGUGAUGAUGAGUGAAUAUUUAUGGAGAAAUUAUUUGAUGGAUUGUUAUGGAGUGUUUUGGAAGCAACAGCUGGAGGAUACAGUGCAUCAUGACCUUUCUCAAGAAGAACAAAGCACCCUUACGCAUGGAGGUUGCAAAUCUUUAGAGUUGUUUUGUAAAAUUAGUAAGAAACUAAACUCGAGAAGAAUACUUGUGAGAGACAAGAUUGUGUAUGUGACAAAAAAAGAUUCGAAUGAUGAAUGCCAAGCAGUUUAUGAAAUUGCAAACAUCAUUCCACUCUUGCAAAAUAGUGACCAUCAAAGAAAUAGAUACUAUCUUUCUGACAUACCAGUUGAAUACAGAGAUGGAGGAUUUCAUGGAUGCCACUUGUAUGAUUUCACUAAGCUCUACUUAACACCUUAUGUAAUUGAUUUAUAUCUCGCUGUAGACACCUUGUCACCACUUGUGGAUCAACUUUUAUUUCAAAGAAGUGACACCAAAGUUGAAUCCACUACAAGUCAAAUUGCUUCCUCUCUUGUCAGAAAAUUGGGAGGCAUAAGAGCUGCCUCCAAUGCAUUCGAAUUUUAUGACUUUUCAGGAAGAUUGAUAUGGUCCCAAACUGCACAAACAAUGCUACAUUUCAGAAAUGAGAGAAAGAACUAUGCGAGUAGAUACCUGAAUUGUAUUUAUAUCUAUCACUAUCACAAGUUAGAUUACCUUAUUCUAGCCGUCAAUGGAGGUAUUAAAGUGAUCACACAAGACUCUGCUCGCCUUAUUUGGGAGGAUGAAGAUGGACCUAACACCAAAAUCCUUCUCAAUGAUGCCAUCAAUUUGAAAUUUGGAAUUGUGACCUGUCUCAAUUCGGAUUUUACUAAAUUUUUUGCAUGGAAUGUCGAGAAUGGCGAGCGUUUAUGGAGCGUGACACUUUCAACCUUAAUUCCAGUCUCAAUGAAUGCAUACUUUUCAGCAAUCAAAGCAUUUGCUGUGAAGAGAGUAAUUUGUGGGCAAUAUUGGAUAGAAUCAAGAAGCGAGGAAGACACCAUGACAAUGUUGUUGCAUGCCACCUCAGGAAGACCUCUCAUUUUCUUUGAUGGCGAGUGGAUUCGGGACAUGCACGUUGUAUCCAUUAGAGAAUUCAAGGAACCUGUUGAAACCAUUGUCACUACCUUAUUUAUUUAUUCAUUGAGCCGUAUUGCCUUAAUUCAAUCUACAUGUACCUAUAACAAGGAGAAAUUAGCAUCUAUGUCCAUCGAAACAAAAUGGGAGUCUGUGCCCUGUGAUCAGGAAAUUGUUCUUGAGAGUGCAAAUGUCGAUAUAGUUAAAGUUCCUCUAACUGGAAGCGACAUUCGAAAACGAAUGAAACACUCCCAUAGAUGUGACUCUCUGUAUACUCUUAGCGGCUUUGAUGAUAUCAAUUAUUCUGAUCUAGAUGACAUGUUCAAGUUUGAUCUCAUUAUUUUGAGCAUCUACCAUAACGAUUUGAUUGUUGAAAGAUUUAGAACAGAUAACGGUGAUCUAUUGUAUCGAACACUCUUAACUCCCAAAAAUUCACUUUCCACUCCCAUUCAAACUCAUGCACCCAUCACCAAUGUGAACAGAGAAUCCUCCAAGAUCUUUGCAGAAGUUCGUGGUAGGGAUUUAUUUAUUGUAAGACAGCCAAACAACACUGCAUCUGAUUGUAUUAUUAUUUUGGAUUUGGAGAGUGGUUCUGAGAAGUGCACUUUGGUGUGUGCGCAUUGA